AUGUUGCGCGCGGGCAUCUUCCAGGCGUGUCUGCGGAUACGGUCCCCACACUCCUUCUCUCCCUCUUCGCUUCCUGCGUUAUGGACCUUCCCUCGCCGACACGCCUCGACCGCUGCCACCCCGGUGAAAGCCUACCCGGUCUACGAGCUCACGGACGAAGACCACAAGCGUAUGCACUUUCAACGGAACAUUGGCGUCUCUGCCCACAUUGACUCGGGCAAGACCACGUUGACCGAGCGUAUACUGUACUACACCGGCCGUAUUAAUGCUAUUCACGAGGUUCGCGGACGCGAUAACGUCGGCGCGAAGAUGGACAGCAUGGAGCUCGAACGCGAGAAGGGCAUCACCAUUCAGAGUGCGGCCACCUACUGCGACUGGGAGGCACAUAUGCCCGCGACCGGUGCGAAGGAGAAGUACGCCAUCAACAUCAUUGAUACUCCUGGUCACGUCGACUUCACUAUUGAGGUUGAGCGCGCUCUACGCGUACUGGAUGGUGCUAUCCUGGUCCUCUGUGCGGUAUCUGGUGUGCAGAGUCAAACCACCACGGUCGAUCGGCAAAUGCGGAGAUAUGGCGUUCCUCGGAUAUCUUUCAUUAAUAAGAUGGACCGGCCCGGUGCAAACCCUUGGCGCGUCAUCGGCCAGAUUCGGCAGAAGCUCAGGAUCGGUGCCGCCGCUGUCCAGGUACCUAUCGGCGUCGAGGACGAUCUGCGCGGUGUCGUCGACCUCGUUCGGUGGAAGGCCAUCUACAACCAGGGUGAAAAGGGCAACGAGAUUGUCGAGUCGGACGAGAUUCCCGCGGAGGCUCUAGAGCUCGCCAAGGAGAAGCGCCGCGAGCUCAUCGAGCAGCUUGCAGAGGUGGACGACGAGAUUGGCGAGAUGCUCAUCAUGGACGAAGACCCGACCACGGAGCAGCUUGUGACCGCGAUACGUCGCGCGACCAUCGGGCUCAAGUUCUCGCCCGUCUUCCUCGGCUCGGCGAUCAAGAACACCGCGGUUCAGCCCAUGCUCGACGGCGUGUGUGCUUACUUGCCUGCACCCUCCGAGGCCAAGGUCACCGCGCACGACACCUCGCUCCCGGUUUCGGCCCCGCCUGUAGAACUGACGCCCGCUGCCGCCGCACCGCUCGUCGCGCUUGCCUUCAAGCUGGAGGAGGGCCGAUUUGGUCAGCUCACGUACAUGCGGGUGUACCAGGGCUCGAUCAAGAAGGGCCAGUUCAUUUACCACGCGCGGACUUGCAAGAAGGUCAAGGUCCCUCGUCUCGUCCGUAUGCACAGCAAUGAGAUGGAGGACAUCCAAGAAAUCGGGCCUGGUGAAAUCUGCGCCAUUUUCGGCAUUGACUGCGCUUCGGGGGAUACGUUCACGGAUGGCGCGACUGCGUUCUCAAUGACUUCGAUGUUCGUCCCGGAGCCCGUCAUCUCGCUGUCGAUCAAGCCCUCUGGCCAGGAGACUCCGAACUUUUCUCGUGCUCUCAACCGGUUCCAGAAGGAGGACCCGACGUUCCGCGUGCACGUCGACAAGGACAGCAAGGAGACGAUCAUCUCCGGCAUGGGCGAACUCCACCUGGAGAUCUAUGUGGAGCGCAUGAAGCGCGAGUACAACGUCGAGUGCGUCACGGGCCGGCCGCGUGUCGCGUUCCGCGAGACGAUCACCCAGCGCGUCGACUUCAACUACACGCACAAGAAGCAAACGGGCGGUGCGGGUCAGUACGGUCGGGUGAUCGGAUUCCUCGAGCCUAUGGAGAAGGACCCGGAGACGGGCAAGGACACGGAGUUCCUGAACCAGAUCAUGGGUACCGCCAUCACGCAGAACUACAUCCCCGCUGUCGAGGCCGGUUUCUACGAGGCGCUGGAGAAGGGCACGCUCUCCGGGAACACGGUGUGCGGGAUACGGUUCGUGCUGAACGACGGCCAGACGCACUCGGUGGACUCGUCGGAGCUCGCGUUCCGGCUGGCGGCGAUGGGUGCGAUCCGCGAGAACUACGCGGCGACGAAGCCGAUCAUCCUGGAGCCGAUCAUGACGGUGGAGGUGGUCGCGCCGGCGGAGUUCCAGAGCGCGGUGAUCGGGACGCUGAACCAGCGGCGGGGGACGAUCGUGGACUCGGAGGUGCGGGACGAGGAGUUCACGGCGGUGGCGGAGGUGCCGCUGAACGACAUGUUUGGGUACUCGAGCACGCUGCGGGGGGUGACGCAGGGCAAGGGCGAGUUCAGCAUGGAGUACAAGGACCAUCGGCCGGUGCUGCCUAACGUGCAGACGGAGCUGGAGGCGGCGUACAAGAAGUCGAUUGGGCAGAAAAAGUAG